GAGAGGAGAGGGGGAGUCCCGUCUGCGCGAAGCACAGACAGACAGCAGGGAACAGCUGCGGCAUUAGGCUCGCGUAGGAUUUCACUGCAUUGCGAUUUCAAAUAUCUCAUCGUUUCAUCCUCAAAACCUCGAGUAGAGCAGUUUAAGCAAGCAGCUAAAUAUCAUUUUUUUUAAAAUGGUCGAUCGCGAGCAGCUGGUGCAGAAAGCCAGGCUGGCUGAACAGGCUGAGAGGUAUGAUGACAUGGCAGCUGCUAUGAAAUCGGUGACAGAGCUGAACGAGGCCCUGUCCAAUGAGGAGAGGAACCUUUUGUCUGUGGCCUAUAAGAACGUGGUUGGGGCCCGUCGCUCCUCCUGGAGGGUGAUUUCCAGCAUUGAGCAGAAGACCUCUGCUGACGGCAAUGAGAAGAAGAUUGAAAUGGUCAGGGCCUACCGGGAGAAGAUCGAGAAGGAGCUGGAGGCUGUGUGCCAGGAUGUCCUCAACCUCCUCGACAACUUUCUGAUCAAGAACUGCAGCGAAACGCAGCACGAGAGCAAAGUGUUCUACCUGAAGAUGAAGGGUGAUUACUACCGGUACCUGGCCGAGGUGGCCACCGGGGAGAAAAGGGCCACAGUGGUGGAGUCGUCCGAGAAGGCCUACAACGAGGCCCACGAGAUCAGCAAGGAGCACAUGCAGCCCACCCACCCCAUUCGCUUGGGCUUGGCUCUCAACUACUCUGUGUUUUACUACGAGAUCCAGAACGCCCCGGAGCAGGCCUGCCAUCUGGCCAAGACCGCUUUCGACGACGCCAUCGCCGAGCUUGACACCCUCAACGAGGACUCCUAUAAAGACUCCACUCUGAUCAUGCAGCUGCUCCGAGACAACUUAACACUGUGGACAAGUGACCAGCAGGAUGACGAGGGAGGGGAGGGCAACAAUUAAACAGAAAUUACUCUUAGAAAAAAAAAUACGAAGGGCCGGUGGACUUUGGCAGCCACUUUUGCCGAUGACACUACCGCAGCAGCAGUUCUUUAUUUUUCCAUGUGUUAAAAGAAUCAAAGAAUCAAAAGAAGUGAGAGGUGAGAGUGGAGGUAAAAUCUUAGUUUAAAUAUAUAUAGAAAUAUAUAUACAGUUGAAAGGGGCCUCCGUCUUCUUGAUUUUCUCUUUGACAUUUGCCAAAACCACUGAUAUGUCGGUGAAUCAGCCUGAAGUGGUUGUUGUUGGAUUGAAAUGGCAGCCUCACACUGGCAUAGGAACUGAUCUUGUCAAGAUAAGCUGCUUUGUUAGGUUUUUGCGCGAUAGCAUUUGAGUCACUUGAGAGAGAAAACGCUUGAAUGGGAAUGCCUCACACAACUAGUUUGCAUUGGUUCCAGUGUGUAUGAGAAAGGGCCCCUGGAAGCCGUUAAAAUUAAACUUACACUUAGAAAAUAUGAAAAUUUGAAAAGUCAAUAAUUUCCCAAAGAAGGGAUUUUAAACGACACAGGAUUCAGGAGUUUGUAGACAAAAUCGCUACCGCAGUUUGUGUUGAAAACGCAUUUCACAGAUUAAUCUGUUUCCUCACUGGAAACAUAGGUUGUUUUGGAGGUUGAAGAUUACUAAAGGCAGAGAUAUAACAAUAUGAAACAAACAAACUACAAGAAAACAAAAAACAAAGACAAAAAAUAGAAAAUAAAAGCAGCUUCAGAGUUUGUGGUUUACUUCUGUGUCUGUUUAUUAAAUGCACUUGCCUACUAUACUGUUUCUUCAGUGUAAGAUGAUGACAACAAUUAUAUCAAUUAAUCAAUAUUGUGCAUGCUGGUGAUGUAUUUAUAUACAGUAGCUUGACUUUAUUAACUUAUACUGUGGGUGUUAAGUAUUCAUAUGGUUGCAAAAAACAGGCUUUGUCUGAUGUUGAUUUCUCGCUUAUUUUUUAUUGUUUUUGGUUUGCUAUACCAAAAUGGUGAUCGUAAAAAUUGACCUGUAAUGAGCGUUGCUAUAGUGACAUGCAAUAUAUGUAUUUAAUUUGUUGAUGAAAGAAAAAAAGGAACAUACAAAGCCACCAGUGAUCACUUAAUCUUACCAGCUGGUGUUGACACCUUGAAGUAUGAUUAUGGUAUAUUUUGCUUUUUGAACAGUAUUUAAGUAAAUUUUCUGUCAUGCUAACUAGUUUUAAUAAUGGUGAUGUUUUUCAGGCUCAGUGUUUCUGUUAUGAAUCCAUGAUCAUGGACCAUAUUUUAUUUCCAACAGGAUACAUUUUGUUUGUUUUUAUACCUUUUAGCUGUUCCUGAGUGACAAAAUAUCUUGAAUGUGAGUCAUUAUGUAGCAGUUGCACAAGAACCUAAAUAAUAGCUAUCAUAAUAAAAAAGAAUAUGACUAAAUUA